AUGUCGUCCAAGGACGAGCCCAUUGACUCCGGCGCCAUGGAAAAGGGCCACACAACUACCGUGGAGGGCAACAGCCAAGUGAUUCCCAAAGUUACCACCAUUGAGCGUGACCCAAACUUCCUGACGCGCAACGGUCUGAAUCUGGAAUCCUUCAAGAAAGCUCACUAUGGCCGGGGCUUCGUCGAGCUUGAACGGCCCAUGAAACCCAGGCAUUUAAAUAUGAUUGCCAUUGGUGGUUCUAUCGGCGCCGGCUUCUUCGUUGGUUCCGGCGGUGCUCUGAGCAAAGGUGGCCCCGGAAGUCUUUUUCUUGACUUCUUGAUCAUUGGUAUAAUGAUGUUCAACGUCGUGUAUGCCCUUGGUGAACUCGCCGUCAUGUAUCCCGUUUCUGGUGCUUUCUAUACCUACUCGACCCGAUUUAUUGACCCCUCCUGGGGCUUCGCAAUGGGCUGGAACUAUGUCUUCCAGUGGGCUGUUGUCCUGCCACUUGAACUGACGGUCUGCGGUCUGACUAUCCAAUACUGGAGAGAAGACAUCUCAGUUGGCGUAUGGAUAGCUGUCUUCCUUGCCGCCAUCAUUAUCAUCAACUUAUUUGGCGCUCUGGGCUACGCUGAAGAGGAGUUUCUCGCUUCUGUCUUCAAGCUGUUCGCUACCGUCAUCUUCAUGAUCAUCGCCUUUGUCCUCGUCCUUGGUGGUGGACCUCGGGAUGGCCUAUAUCAUGAGUACUGGGGCGCCAGAUACUGGUAUGACCCAGGCGCCUUUAAGAACGGUUUCAAGGGCUUCUGCGCCGUCUUUGUCACUGCUGCUUUUUCCUUUUCUGGAACCGAGUUGGUUGGUCUCGCUGCCGCCGAAGCCAAGAAUCCGGUCAAGUCUCUGCCUAGCGCUAUCAAGCAGGUCUUUUGGCGUAUCACGGUCUUCUACAUCCUCGGUCUUUUCUUUGUUGGUCUUCUCAUUGAUAGCAACGACCCUGCGCUCCUCUCAUCGCAAGCCUUUAGCGAUGUGAAGACUUCGCCCUUUGUUUUGGUCGGCAAGUACGCCGGACUGAGGGGAUUCGACCACUUUAUGAACCUGGUCAUCCUGGUCUCCGUCUUAUCAAUCGGCGUCUCUGGCGUCUAUGGAGGCUCCCGAACCCUGACUGCUUUGGCGCAGCAGGGCUACGCUCCCAAGCUGUUUACUUAUAUUGAUAGGUCAGGCCGUCCGCUCUUCUCGGUUUCUGCCAUCAUUCUUUGCGGAUUUCUCGGAUUCGUGAGCCUGAAUAACAACGGCCCUGUUGUCUUUGACUGGCUCCUAGCCUUGUCCGGCCUUGCGGCCAUCUUCACCUGGGGCUCAAUUUGCUUGGCCCACAUUCGAUUCCGCAAAGCUUGGAAGUACCACGGCCACACGUUGGACGAGAUCCCCUUCAAGGCUAUUGGAGGUGUCUACGGCUCAUGGCUCGGGCUCGCUCUCUGCGUGAUCGUCCUGAUGGCUCAGUUCUAUACUGCCAUCGUGGCCCCUCCUGGACAACCUGGCUUGGGGACUGCCGAAGGCUUUUUCAAGUCUUACCUGGCCUUUCCUGUUGUCAUGUUCUUCUGGAUAGUUGGGUACCUCUGGAAGCGAAGCGGCUGGCUCCGAACAGAGCAGAUGGAUGUCGAUACUGGCCGCCGAGAGCUGGACUGGGACGAAAUCAAGGCCUACCGAGCCAAGGUUGCCUCAUGGCCCGCCUGGCGACGAAUUCUUCACCACACGUUUUGA